CCGGCGCGGGAUCCCCGGUCCCUCCGCGCGGUGCGGGAUGGGGCAGGUCCUUACCGGCCCCGCUGAGCCGCACCUCGGGGAGGGGAGGGGCCGGGCCGGGCAGGCGCGGACGGGGCGGCGGGACCGGGGCUCUCCCGGCGCUGCACGGCGCGGAGGAGCGAGGGGAGCGGCCGCGCACCGGGCGCUGGGGUCGGGUCCCUGGCCGCCGCGCUCAGCACCUGCAGCGCGGUGCAGGAUGGGUGCUGCUGCGGUGUCACCGGUGGCCGCCUGCGUGCUGCUGGUCCUGGUCCCCACGGCCACCGGCCAGACCAGCGCUCCCUCCGGCUGCGGCAAGGACCUCUCCUCCCUCUACUACAACCUCUGUGACCUGUCGGCAGCCUGGGGCAUCGUGCUGGAGGCCGUGGCCAGCCUCGGCGUGGUGACCAGCUUCGUGCUCACCAUCGUCCUGGUGGCCAGCCUGCCCUUCGUGCAGGACCACCAGAAGAAGAGCCUGGUGGCCACGCAGGUCUUCUUCCUCCUGGGCACCUUUGGGCUGUUCUGCCUGACCUUUGACUUCAUCGUGGGGCCGGAUUUCUCCACCUGCACCUCCCGACGCUUCCUCUUCGGUGUCCUCUUCGCCAUCUGCUUUGGCUCCCUGCUGGCUCACGCCGUGGCCCUCAACUUCUUGGUGCGGAGGAACCGCGGCCCACGGGGCUGGGUGACGCUGGCGGUGGCCAUGCUCCUCGCCUUGGUGGAGGUCAUCAUCAACGCCGAGUGGCUCAUCAUCACGGUGGCGCGGCAGGAGGGCAGCGCCGCGGACCCUUGCCAGCUGGCGGACGCCGACUUCGUCAUGGCUCUCAUCUAUGUCAUGUUCCUGCUGGUGGCCGCAUUCGGCACCGCCUGGCCGGCCCUGUGCGGCCGCUACGGCCGCUGGCGCAAGCACAGCGCCUUCAUCCUGGCCACCACCGGGCUCUCCGUGGCCAUCUGGGUGGCGUGGACCGCCAUGUACCUGUAUGGGAACCGGCGCGCGGGCGAGAAGCCCAGCUGGGAUGAGCCCACGCUGGGCAUCGCGCUGGUGGCCAACGCCUGCACCUUCCUCCUGCUCUACGUCAUCCCCGAGGUGACGCACGUGACGCGGCGCGGCCCCGAGCAGCCCUUCGAGGACGAGGGGUACCCCACACGUGGGGUGGGCUACGAGACCAUCCUCAAGGAGCAGAAGUCACAGAGCAUGUUUGUGGAGAACAAAGCCUUCUCCAUGGACGAGCCCUCCUUCGGCAAGAAGCCGGUGUCACCAUACAGCGGCUACAACGGGCAGCUCCUCACCAGUGUGUACCAGCCCACCGAGAUGGCUCUGAUGCACAAGGGACCGACUGAAGGUCCCUAUGACGUGAUCCUGCCUCGCGCCUCCACCGCCAGCCCUGCCGCCGGCAGCACCAGCUCCACGCUGCGAGCCGAGGACGCGUUCGCGGUGCAGGCCCGGGCCGGCGGUGCCCCACGGGACACCCGGAGCUGCCAGGUGCAGUCCCCGUACAGCAGGAACCGGUGGUGAAGCCCCCAUGGCACAGACCCCACAGCGCCGGCACAGCCGCGGCACCACCGUCCCGCUCCCGAGGUCUCACCGAGCCUCCUCCUGCCCCACCACGUCCAUCCCAUCCCAUCAUCAUCCGGAGCUGGGUCCUGUGCAGGGGAAGCCUGGAUGCACCCUGAGCCAUGGCUCCUGCCUGUGGCACCCACAAGCUCUGCCGGACCCACAUCCCUGCCUCCAGGACUGGCUCCCAUGGGGCCACCCCGACUUGUCCCCUCGCUGCCUUCAUGAUGCACGGACACCCCACGGCCCCAUGCCAGGGACCACGCACUGCCAGGGAGCCAGGGGAUGCUCUCGCCACCCCAUGGGCCCUGACCUGAGCCAGCAGCGCCCGCUGCAGGGCACCGGCUCUGGCUCCUGCUGUGCCUCAGUUUCCCCAUCGUUGGGGCUGGGACUUGACCCCCUUGCGGCUCCAGCCGCCUUCUCGGUGCCUUCCCCACCUCAGGGCUCAGGAUCCCUCCUGGGGAGCAAGGAGGGAGCUGGGCCCUCGUUUUCCUCUUGGCUUGCUCUGGUUUUCCUCUUUCCUCCUGUUUUUCAGGUCAGCCCCAAUAAAGGUGGUUUUUCCUA